AUGAUUAGUCUAAUACAAAGAAAUAACGAGCAAUAUAUCCAGACGAUUAUUGUUGAACAGAUAGCUAGCUACACUAAAAAGACGAAUAUGAUGAUUACAAAGACUAUAUACAGGGGUUCCAGAUCCCCAGCCGCAUCCAGAAUAUUCACUAAUGCUACAACAGUGAGUAACGUUACAUUGAGUCGUUCUCUAUACAAUUCCAGUGGUGACUCAAAAUCCACGAUUAAGCAGACCUUGGAAGAUGUGAAUAAAAAAGUCGGACAGGCUGCUGCAGAAGGUCUUGAAAAGACAGAAGAAGCAUCUCACAAAGUUGGAGAGAAUAUCCAACAGGCUGAAGAGAAGGUGAAGAAUAUCUUCUCAAAAACUAGUGCUGACGCCAAAGAAAAGGCCGAACAAGGUAAGGAACACUUAGAGGCCAAGGGCAGAGAGUCUGUUGCUAGAGGCAAAGAAAAGCUAGAUGAAUUCGAGAAAAAGCAUUAA